UUAAAAAUUGUGUUGAAUGAAACCUGAUAGGUACUUUUACAUAAAAUUUCAGUUACAUCCUUUAAUUAUUACAACAUACAUAAUUGUGUUUGUUUUGACAUAUUUUUAGAGUUUCAAUGGAAUGUGUGGACAAACCAGAGAGUGUUGACAAGCCAGUUACAGGUAGUCUUGAUAAACCAGUUUGUGACCGUGUUGACAGAGAUGGAUUAUCGGUACCCACUGUGCAGAUGAAGUUUGUAAGUCCCUCAUCCCCGCCUAACAAGAAGUCAAGAACCAGUGAGCACGACAGUCGUUUCUUUCACUCAGCUCGUUAUGAGGCCAGAUUUGCUUGGGUGUAUUAUAGUCAAACUAAACGGGGGUAUAUGUGUAAACUGUUUUCUUUAUGUGAUGAUAAAUCCACCCCUUAUGUCAGCUGGCGCAAUAUUGGGUACACAUCCUUCUAGAAGAUUGGAAAUUCACGAAAAUUCAGACAGACACAAAACAGCUGCUUCAAUGUACUCUAAAUGUUCAAUUAAAACCAUUCCUGAAUUCUUGUCACAGAAGAGCAAGUUAUAAGAUAAGGAAAUGGUAGAAAGAAACAGGCGCUACAUUAAAAAACUGUUCCAAUCCUGCCUAUUUCUUUGUGAAAAAAAUUGGGCUCAAAGUAACAUGGAAGAUUUGGUUAAGUUUAUGGGCCGUACUUGUGAUGCUGACAUUAAGUCAGUUUUAGCUGAAGACUCGAUCACCUACCUGUCCAGUACUUCUGUUUCAGACAUUAUAAAAGUUCUGAGUAAUUUCUUUGAGCAAAAAACACUGACACAGUUACGGGAGGAAAAUUUUACUCUUUUAGCAGAUGAAUCUACAGAUCAAAGCAACAGAACCCAGCUGUCAGUCUUUGCAAGAUGGAUCACCCCACACGGACCAAGAGAAGACUACUUAGGCCUCAUCCACGAGGAACGGACAACAAGUGAAGCUCUGAUGGAGGCAAUUGAAAGGUUCUUGAUGGGCAAAAUGAUCCCAUUCCAAAAUGUCAGGUUCGUGGGACUAGAUGGGUGCAACACUAUGAGUGGGUGUAACAAAGGACUUCAGCGAAGAAUUCGGAAUGUCAGCCCACUGUGCAUCUAUAUCAACUGUCGCAAUCAUAGACUUGCCCUUUGUUUUGUACACCUCCUGAAGAAUAAUAGCAUCUUAAUAGAUGUUGAUACAUUGCUUCUUGCCAUAUGGAAGACAUUCCACUUCUCCCCAAAGAAAGCUGCUGUUUUUGAAAGUUUUCAAGAGGUUUAUGGCCAGCGCCCAAUCAACAUGGUCAAAGCAGCAACAACAAGGUGGCUGUCACACCUGCAUGCCUGCGUCAGAUUUAAAGCUCGUUAUGAAACCUUGCUGGAUACAAUGGACAGCUUGAUAGAAAGCACACAUGAACCAGAAAUGCGUGGCAUUAGGAGUAGCAUGACCAGAAAGCAAAACGUGGCCAUGAUUCUUGUGCUGACUGAUGUGCUUAAGCCUAUCAACUACCUUUCUUUGUAUCUGCAGGAAGAUUGUGGUGUUGUUUCAGAGCUGCCUACACGUGUUAAGCAAUGUAGAGAUGACCUUGAAGCCAUCAUCCAGCAAUAUAGACAAGGCAAUUAUGAAGGGCUAGAGUUCAGCAAAUGUGAAGACUUGUUCUUCAUUAUUGAUGAUCGGGCUAUGCUUGCCAGGAGGAACAGAUCUCAUGCAGCUGAAGUCACACCUGCAGGUUUUUUGGAAGUCCAUGGGAUCCCACUGAUCUAUAAUCUCAUCACAGAGGUUGAGGAUGCAUUUUACGUCUAAUGAUGCAGUCCUAGAUGCAUUCAGUGUACUUCAUCCAAGCAAUUUGCCCCAAGACAUAGCUGACAUCACAGACUAUGGACAGGGAGAAUGGCUGCAAUACUGUUGGGGCAGUACUUAGUAAACUUCAGUAAGAUGCCACCACUAGACGAGCCUAUCCACUUAUUCAGCCCCUGUACAGUCUAGCUAUGCUUAUCCCACAAUCUACAGCUGUGGGAGAACGUGGCUUUUUACUAAUGAAUGACAUUGCCACAAGUCAAAGGACUUUAGGACAAGAUACACUUGAUGCUUUAAUGAGGAUAAGCACACAGUGUAGGAACCAGGGUAACUUAAGUGAUGCCAACUGGGAAGAACUGAUUGAUCAGUUCAGGGAAUUGAGGGCUAGGAAGAUGGCUCUAUAACUCUUAAAUUAUGACUAGUAUGACUGUUGAGUCACUGGACUUUUUACUGUUUAUUUUGAAGUUAUAAUACAACAUCAAUGGGUGUAAAUGGAAAUAUAAGACAGUUAACUUGUUAACCUGUGAACAUUAUUUAAUCAUGCUAGUUGUGAUAUCAUGAUUUGGCUAGGCCACCAGUAUUAACCAGGCCAGCCAACACAUUCAUGCAGUCUGUCCAGGCUUUGUUGCUUAAUUUUAACUUUUUAAGCAUCUUGAUAUUGUUAAAUUGGUACUAUGACUCUGAAUCUCUGGAUAGUUGUCAAACUUCUAUUCUAUUGUUUAUUUUGAAUUUAUAAUACAAGGGUUUUUUCCCCAAAAAUGUUA